AUGGUGGACGCGUGGUGGCCGCUGCUCGCCGCGGCCGUCCCAGCCAUCGUGGCCGGCCAGGCCAUCCGCGUGAAGCGGCGGCGCGACGAGGAGCAGCGCCUCAAGGCGGCGCGGGGGCGCGAGAAGAGCUCCGACGAGGUCUUCGUCUGCGAGCGCGUCUGCACCUCCAAGCGGAUGCUCAAGAAGGUGGGCGCCUUCUCCAAGGACCCCAUCCCGGACACCUGCGUCACCGUCUGCGGCGUCUCCGAGCUCGACGCCUGCGCCGACGCCUGCGGGCGCACCGUCUGCGUCAACCAGCACCAGGUGCCCAACUGGAACGACGUCUGCCUCAAGCGCUGCCAGAGCGAGUGCCUCAAGCUCUCCUCCACCGUCAUGUAG